CACUUGAAUUCUAUAUAGCUUGUGGUCAUCUAUCUGUAGUGGAGUACAAGGGUGGAGAGAGAAGCAAUGGCCAUGAAUAAUUUGGCUUUGGGCGUGUUUUUGAUCGUCAUCAACUUGAGGUUAUUUGCAAAGGGUACUGAAGAUGCCAGUCAAGGUCUAGGAGCUUCAUUUAUCUUUGGUGAUUCAUUGGUUGAUGCGGGAAAUAACAAUUAUCUUCCGACUUUGUCGAGAGCUAAUAUCCCACCAAAUGGGAUUGAUUUUAAGCCAUCUGGAGGGAAUCCCACCGGCCGGUACACCAAUGGAAGAACCAUCGGAGACAUUGUCGGAGAGUUAUUGGGACAACCACACUAUGCAAUGCCAUUUCUGGCGCCAAAUUGCACUGGAAAAGUUGUACUACACGGAGUGAAUUAUGCAUCCGGUGGAGGCGGGAUUAUGAAUGCCACUGGAAGAAUAUUUAUUAAUAGGCUUUCAUUGGCGAUCCAAGUAGAUUACUUCAACAUUACUAGAAAACAGAUUGACCAAUUGUUGGGUGAAAAAGAGGCGAGAGACUAUAUCAUGAGGAAAUCCAUAUUCUCCCUCACAAUCGGAUCGAAUGAUUUUCUCAAUAAUUAUUUGCUUCCAGUCCUCUCAAUCGGAACAAGGAUAUCCCAAAGUCCAGAUUCUUUCAUAGACGAUCUUAUUACCCACCUCAGAGCCCAACUCACGAGACUUUAUCAACUGGAUGCAAGGAAAUUUGUAGUGGGAAAUAUUGGGCCAAUUGGCUGCAUUCCUUAUCAGAAAACAAUCAAUGGGCUGAAUCAGGAUGAAUGUGUGGCAUUACCAAACAAGUUGGCAAAUCAGUACAAUGCCCGGUUGAAGGAUCUGAUGACAGAACUGAACAAAACCCACCCGGGAGCCACAUUUGUCCACGCAAAUGUGUAUGAUCUAGUGCUGGAAAUCAUUACAAACUAUGGCAAAUAUGGAUUCACAACAGCAAGUAGAGCAUGUUGUGGAAAUGGGGGCCAGUUCGCGGGGAUAAUUCCAUGCGGCCCCCAAUCAAGCAUGUGCAAAAACCGUGACAAGCACGUGUUCUGGGAUCCUUACCACCCCAGUGAAGCUUCCAACAUUAUCGUCGCCAAGCAACUGGUUGAUGGAGACCCCAAAUACAUUUCUCCAAUCAAUCUUCGACAACUUCGAGAUCUCGGCCUCUAGUUUUGGGGAAAAUUAAAUUAUUCAGUUCACUUGGGUAUUUUUCUGGUGGUCAGCAAUCAUACAUUAGCAAGUUGCAGGAACCAAUUCUUUAUUUCCAUCUUAUCAAUCAAUCAUGAUGAUUUGAUUUCCAACCGAAGCAACUUGCGAGUUUCUAAAUUUAUAAAAUUGCCCUACUCUUGUAAUGAGAGCGAUAUUAAUUUGAGGCAACAAAUAUCUAUUGGAUCUAGGACGUAAAAAUU